AUGUCACAAUAUCAGCAACGUAUGAUGACAAACAAAAGAAAGAUGACAAAAAAAAACUUUGAAGAAGGUGCGAAAUGGAAAAGCAUCAUCAGAUAUGGGGGGAUAGAAAUUAUUCUCAGUCCUGUUGCGAUUAGGAUAUUAUUUGUCAAAACUUUGCAGGCAAAGUUGACAUCCUGUUUCGUCCAAAUGGAAAAGCAAGAAUGUGAUUCGUUAGAUAUUUAUGUCGACUUAUUUCAUCGUCUAUUGUUAUACUUUAAAUCAUCUCAAUUGAUGGAAGUUUGCAAAAAGUUGGAAAUGGAAAUUUAUGCUACAAAUCUUGUCUUAAGAUUGUUGUUCAUGGUCAUUCAAACAGAAAUCAUUUCUAUUCACAAUGUCAAUCGAUUAUUCAACAGUUUGACAUUUCUGGGCUUAGAAUGUGUGCAGAUUUCUUCAAAAGAAGUGGUUGAAGUCUUUCUGAAACUACUUCAAUUUAAGCCAAACAUACGUUUUAAAGGCUUUUGUUUGAUUAAACUUCAUGUUAUAGAGAAAGAAGAAAAGUUUAUAAAGCACUUGGGGUAUUUUCCUAUGAAGCAAAUGAUGAUUUCGCCCCAAAAACCAACAAUUAAUCUUAAUUUAGCUAAUUAUUACUUAUGCUUGAAACAGUAA